GGGCACGAGGAAGUCGUGACGCUGCUUCUCGAGAGGAAUGCCUUUGCCACUGACAAUCCUGAUCAGGCCCAGUUCACGCCGCUGGGGUGGGCUGCUACCAACGGACAUAAGGGGGUGGUGGCGCGGCUUCCUAAAGCGGAAGGUAUCAACCGUGGAAGUCGGGAUGCAUGCGGAUGGACCCGCUUGCCGGGGCUGCACACAAUGGGCCCGAGGGGGUGGUAAGGAUACUGGUGGAAGGGAAAGGCGCCAACCCCGCAGGGCACGACAUGCAUGGCCGGAUACCGAUCAUCCUGGCCACCCUGAUGGGACAGGAGGGGGUGGUGUGGAUACUGAUUGAGCGGGAGGGUGUCGAUCUCAGCCGGAGUGGCAUCUGCAGCGACACGCCACCCCAGUUCGCUGCGAGAAUGUGGCACGAGGGUGUUGUGCAGGUCCUGCUGGAGCGCGAGAACGUCAGGCCUGAUAUUUCCGCCACCUUGUCGUGGACUCCAUUAAUGUGGGCGGUACGCAAUGGACAUGUAAGGGGGGUGGGGAAACUGCUCGGCGAGAAAGAU